AUGACGAAUAACACAAUCUUCAUGUCCCCCCAGGAGUCGGAGCGUAUUCAACGCACAGUCCAAGACGUUGCGAGGCAAUGUGAAGAACAGUCGGGCCAAUCGAGGGAACCUACAGACCCCAAGUCCUUGGUCGAGCAGGCUAUCUCUACUUCACUCGUGCAAGAGAUGUCUUCUGGAGCUUUUGGGUUUGGUGCGCCGAGGGAAAGUCGAGAAACUAUGGCAGCUUAUGGUAUAGGCAAGCCAUAUCCCCCCAGUACAGCCAGACUUGCAGAUCUACAACCAAUGAGCAUCAAGAACCUGAGAAUAGAAACGCACCACCGGGGCUUCUUUCUUUCGUUGCGUCGUGUGUCACCUGUAGUUGUACUUCAGGCAUCCUCCUGGACUGUCGUUAAAGGCCAGUCAUCUGACGAGGUGGAGCGGCUGGAGGUCUUUCUUCAUACAUCGCAGUACGGUGACAAUGUCCUAGACAUAGCUUCUGAUCUGGUGAUCAAAGAGCCAUACUACACUCUCAAUGCUCAAGGAGAACGCACAAUUCGAAUAGAUCAUCCAUCAGAUCUCAUCAUUGGCGCGAUCUCCGAGAACCCAGAGUCGUGGCGGCACAAGGAAUAUUACUCUGGGAGACCGGAUCCUUUGUCUCCGGAAGAGUACAAGAAGAAAGGCAACUUUGCACUUCUCAAGAAGAAGAACUACGCCGAAGCAUACUUCUGGUACACAGAAGGUUUGAAGCUGGUGGAGAGUGACGAAGGAAGCAAGACACUACGCAAAGACCUGCACCGCAACCGAGCUCAUGUCAACCUUCAGCUUCAGAGAUUUGACGAAGCAAUUUCGGAUGCCUUAGACUCCAUGGCCAAUGGAGAGACUGAAGAGCUCAAGGCUCUUGAUGGCAAAGCAUAUCAUCGUGCUGGCCUGGCGGCACAUGCUCAAGGCGAGUUCCUCAAGGCUCGACGCUACUUCGAGCAGCAAGAGAUACUUCAACCGGAUGACCAGCAACCCAAGCUACAUCUACGAAAUGCCAAUGCAAGACUGCAAGAAGAGACUAACGGGACCUACAACAUGAGCAAAAUCGUGGGCAAUUUGUCCAAGACAGGGGGUAGACCUGGUACAGCCUCGUACUACGGUCCAACAGAGAUCAAAAACAGCCCCGGAGCUGGUCGCGGUCUUUUCGCAACCCGAGAUGUCGAACCAGGCGAUAUCAUCCUGUGCGAGAAAGCGUUCUGUGUGGCCUGGAGUCACGAGGCUGAAACAUUCACAGCCCUGGCGUGCGACCUUAGAGAAGACGCUGCAAUCAAGGUCUUCCCUGCUGGCUUGCAUAAAGCUGUUGUGAGAAAGCUUCUCAAUAAUCCAUCUCAGGUCGAGAAAGUACUUGGUCUCUAUGGAGACUACCAUGGACUUGGCACAGAAUUGAAGAAAGUCGAUGGUUCGCCCAUAAUCGAUACGUUCCAGAUACACGAUAUCAUACAGCGCAACGCCUUUGGGCUGGGUCAACAAACCGAGGAUGAGGAUGUAAGCAACGCUAGUACCGGUCUUUGGAUACGGGCAUCUUACAUCAACCAUUCUUGUAUUCUCAAUGCGAAGAAGGAUUACAUUGGUGAUCUCAUCAUCUUUCGCGCUAUGAGAAGAAUUGCGGCUGGUGAAGAGAUCACCCACAGUUAUGAUGGUUCCAGUGACUAUGACACAAGAAAGUCAACCAUCCAGAGAACCUGGAACUUUGAAUGUCGCUGUCAGCUUUGUCUUGUCGAGGGAGCAGAGAGCGAAGAUGUCAGGGAGCGAAGGCGGCAGGCUGAAGAGAAGGCAAACAACUUUGCAGAAUCAAAUGACCCGUAUGGCACUAGUAGAAUCAUGGUGAGAAGGGCUAAGAUGCUACGUCAGACACUCAACGAGACGUACGAUGAGAAGAAGUAUAAAGGACUACCGCGUCGGCCACUUUCGAUGAUAGACGAGUGGCUUCGGAUAGCUAGUACCAGUUAG